AUGGGAGCCGAGGAGCAGUUUCCCUUCUUGCCGGUGCGCGGCGGGGUUUUUUGGAGCCAGACCUUGGAGGCUCAGGUGCCGCCGGGCUUUCCGGCGGAGGAGACCGCCUCGUGGCUGCGGGCGGCCCGGGAAGCGCGCGUCGUGUCGCUCGAACGCGGCGGCUGCGGCCGCAGCUCCAACCGACUGGCCCGGUUAUCGGACGGGAGCCGCGCCUGCGUGCGCUACGGCAUCAACCCGGAGCAGAUCCAGGGCGAGGCGCUUUCCUAUCAUCUGGCCGGGCUACUGGGCAUUCAAGAGCGGCUGCCGCCUCUGGCUCUCUCCCGGGUGGAAGCCCGCGGCGGGCAGUGGGCGGAAGUGCGCGACGAGCUGCGCGGCUCUCAUUGGGCCGAGGGGGCCGUGGUGAGCCUGGCGCGGUGGGUGGACAAUCUGACCGACGUGGUGGCCCCCGCCCCCUGGCAAACCGAGGCGGGGGUGCCGGCGGCCGGCCGGAGGUUGCAGCCCCUGUCGGCGGGGGAGCUGAGAGGCCUCAGCCAGGCGCAGCUGGUGGAGCUGGUGCAGUGGAGCGACUUGAUUCUCUUCGACUAUCUCACGGCCAACUUCGACCGGCUGGUCAGCAACCUGUUUAGCCUCCAGUGGGACCCCCGCGUCAUGCAUCGGGCCACCAGCAACCUGCACCGGGCCCCCAAUGGGGGAUUGGUUUUCCUCGACAACGAGGCCGGCCUGGUGCACGGCUACCGGCUGCUGGCCAUGUGGGACAAAUACAACGAGCCUUUGCUGCGCUCCGUCUGCGUCUUCCGCGAGGCCACCGCCCAGAGAGUGCGGGAGUUGCACCGCUUGCGCAACGCGGCGUCCGAGCUGCUCAGGCUCUACAGGACUCGGGAGCCUCUGGCCGAGAUUCUCGGCUUCCUCUCCGACCAGCAAGCCCAGAUGCUCCAGGAGCGGAUCGACUUUGUCCAUAAGCACAUUUUGCACUGCAAAGCCAAGGCCACCGCUCCGUGAUGCUCUUUGCCUUGGUGAAACCGCCUGGAUUUAUGAGACUCAGAAGAGAUUCAAGAAUGGGGAGAAGAACGCCUGAAGGGGCUCUUUCCCGCUAUUUAAGGGCCUGGGGAUCAAUAUCCCUAAAGGAAAUUAAGGCUGGAAGCCCCCCUCUUGGGGGUUGACAGGAACCUCUCCCAUCAGAAUGGUCCUAAGAUUUCACAGAGGAAUAUAUGUGGCAAGCCCAGCUAAAAAUGAACAUGAUUCAGAGUUCUGUUUUGUGAGGAUGAAUAGCCAGUAGCUGAACUAGUUCUUGUCUCUCAGAUACUUUGUUCCUGGAAUCUAUCUGCAGAAUGUGAUCCUUCUUUACCUGACACUCCUAGUGUUAAGUUUCCAGCUCCUGAAGAAAAAGCACCUUGCUGCCAAUAUCGCUCUUCUUGUGACCACUGGGAAGGCCUGGGUGUUUGGGAGAGAUGCACUCACAUGGCCUUCUGCACCCUGGGAGCCUCCUAGAUGCAUUGAACCACAUCUUACACCAGACCCCAGCUGGCAUGUUGGCCCAGGGUGAUAGAAGUUGUAAUCCUGUUCCACAGGAGGGUGCCAUAUUAAAGCUGGAUUAAAAUGUCAUAACACCCCCCGCCCAUUUUUAAGUAUUAGAUGUAACAAUGCCCCCUUCCUCAUCUGCACUAUUGCCUAUUACAGAAAAGGUCAAAAAUAUCUUCCCAGUCUGCAGUUUUUGUUAGAAUUGCUGUGAAGAUGCUGAGUAGCCGGGAGUUAGAAACAUAACUGAGUUUCAGAGGUGAUUCAUGUCUUUUAUAUAAUCUAUAUAUAAAAAAUAGAUUUAUCUGUCACUGUCAUUUCCCUUACCAGGAAAAUUAAAAGGUCCUGUACAAAAGCUAUGGUUGGCAUUUAAAUGAACCACCUCCCUUGUCCUUCCAGUGGGCAUCAAGAGUGUGUUUCUUUGUCACACCCUUAAAAAAAGCCUCCACAAAAGUUAAUUUAAUAUCUAGAUAUUGUAGCUCCACUUACAGAACAGCAUUUUUAGUGAAUUUCCUGUCGGCAUGGACAGCGACAAAGUCAACAGUUGUAAUAAAUGUGCAGAAAAGUCACUGUUGUUAACACCUUUUAUCUCUUAACAGUCAGAAGCAUUUGACAAAAAAAAAGUGGUUCCACAGCAUUUCUGUUUUAUAUGUAACCCAGUACUGUAUAAUAAAAUGGGGUGGGGGAUUUCCAGGUUUAUAGUAUUGUCAGUGUAGUAAAAUUUUGAUGCAUUAAUUUGGAGAAGGGAAAAAUAAGUUUCUUGCACUUUACUUUCUUUUUAUAUAUACAUAUAUAUAUACACACAAAAUCUUGUUAUUUAAAAAAGUCUGCAUUUUAGGUACAUGAUAUAUGUUCUUAAGCCUUUCUGUAAUAUACUAAAGAACUGGAUAUUUCAGUAAAGAUGUGUUAAUGUUUUGCCUCUUUUGUAUCCAGGUUUUGGAUUUCAUUGUUCUAUGAAGUUUUUCUUUUUCCAUAAUUUGAAUGGAUAUUUUUCUUUAGC